UUUGUUUUUCUUUUAUAAUAGUCUUGUUUUUUUGUUAAUUUCAAUUAAUUUGUUUGAUUUUCCUUUUGAUUAAUAGUUGCUACUAUUUGCUUUGAUUAAUACAAAGCCCUUUAAUAAUACAAGAACAAGUUCUAUCUCCCCUACUUGUUUUUUUUUCGCAAUUGUUAUUUUAAAAGUUUCCCUCUAAUUUACUAAUAGGAGCUUUUUUAUUCUCGAAACAAUCAGGGACAACUACAUUUAUUCUACGUUAUGAAGGUUGCUCUUACAUUUGUUAAUCUCGUCUUAUUGGCAGGUGCAACUUUACUUUUAUUGUUGACUGUUCUUUCUGGUUCUUCCAACCAUAGACCAUUGAAUGAAUUCUAUUGGUUAAAGGCUAAUACCUCUGGUAUUCCAGGUGCUCCAAGUUUCUCUGCUUGGACUUUCUGGGGUGUUUGUGAAAGGGAUGAUUACUCCAAGUGUACCAAUGGUCCAGCUUAUCCUAUUUCUCCAGUUGAUAACUUUUCCACUACUUCUGAUGUUCCAGAAAAGUUUAUUAAGAACAAGGAUAUGUUCUACUAUUUAACUCGUUUCUCCUUUGCCUUCACUCUUGUUGGUCUUGGAUUUGCUGGUGUUGCCUUAAUUAUUGACAUUUUGGGAUUCUGUUUCACUUCCAUUGAUAAGGUUGUUGUUGCCUUUGUUGCCAUUAGUUUGUUCUUUACUGCUGGUGUUGCUGCCUUCCAAACUGCUGCUUGUGUUUUAGCCAAGCAAGCUUUCAAUGAUGCUAAUUUGUCCGCCACUGUUGGUUUAAAGUCAAUGGCCAUCAUUUGGGCUGCUGUUGUUUGUUUAUUACUUUCUUUCUUCAACACUUGUGCUGCUAAUAUUUCCAACUCUUAUAAGAAGCACAUGGACAAUGUAAGAAGUCAAAAGGAGUACGACUCUUACUCUCAACCUCCACCAGUCACCACUACUGGUCCAGAAGGUGAUGAAUCAUCUUUCACUAGAGCUGCCCCAGAACCUGAACUUAAGGAAGAAAGCAGUGGUGGUGUUAGAUUCUUCAAGAUUAAGAGAAACGCCAAGGUUUCUGACGAUGAAAGUGUUUAGGAGAUUUUUAAUAUCCUGAUGGUUGGUUUAAUAUUUACUCUCUCCAUGUAAUAUCUACCAUCAACUUUUUUUUUAGAAAGAUCUAUAUAUAGGUUCUUUGUAUUAUAUAAUACUUUCUUUAGCUUGACUAGAGAAAAAAGAAGAUAAGAAAAUG